GCCGUGCUGACUAACAUUUACCCCAGCAUUUUACCUGCCGAAUGGGGCAAGCCCCAUCAUCUCCAGCGGGCUUCGUUGAGCAACUCAACUCCUCCAUUUGCUUGAUGCCGAACGACACGCUUGGCUAGAACUGCUCAUCAGUAUAUAUUGCUCUUGAGCUGAUCCAUAAUAUCUAUACUUACUGGAUUAUUAUUUGAUAAUCCAAGAUGGAUUACAAACCGCAAACCCCCGUCGCCACAACGGCUCAGUUUACACCUCGUCUGAUAAUUCAUGGCGGUGCCGGCAACAUCGUCCGCAAGGGCUUCCCAGAAGAUAAAUACCAAGCCUACCGCAAAGCACUACUAGAGAUUGUCAUAACAACAAACCAAUACCUGAACACUGAAGUGAGAGACGAAAAGCGCAGCGAUGGGAGCUCUGCCUGUCCUCGCUUUCGAUCCGCAUUGGAAAUUGCAACACAUGCUGUCGUUCAGUUGGAAAACAACCCACUCUUCAACAGCGGACAUGGUGCAGUAUUCACGAGAGACGGAAUAAACCAGCUCGAGGCUUCGGUUAUGGUGUCUCGCGGAUUCAAGAAGCGCGGCGUUGGUGUCAUGGGUCUUCGUCAUGUGCGUAACCCAAUUAUACUUGCUCGCAAGAUGCUGGAGCACGGAGAGCAAGAUCUCGCUCUUAAAAACGAGUUGGAACCAAGAACCAUGAGCCAUGGCAUCGAUGCGCCAUCCGCGCAAGGCCACACGCAGAUCUACGGAGCAGCUGCAGAGAAACUUGCGAGGCAUUAUGGAUGCGAAAUGGUAGAUUCAAGCUACUACUUCACUCAGCAGCGAUGGGACGAGCACAUCCGGGCUUUGGAAAAGGAAAAAAAAGGCAUGUCCACCGGAACUUGGGACGCAAAUGAAUACUUGCCGCAAGGUACCUGUGGUGCUGUUGCCAUGGAUAGCGAAGGCGUCAUUUGCGCAGCUACAAGCACUGGCGGUAUGACCAAUAAGCUAAGUGGUCGAGUUGGAGAUACACCAGUCCCUGGAGCCGGAUUUUGGGCUGGAGAGUGGGAGGAAUCCGGAGAUCCGACUGGCAAGUCUACUUGGGGCAAGUUUGUCGACCCCAUCUCCAUUGCUGAUGCCGGCCUCUCAAUAACCGGCCCGUUGAAGGGCUUGUUCGCUGAUUGCCUACCUACACCGUGGAUGUACACACCAGUAAAUCUGGACGACCAACCUCACAGCAUGGCCCGAACUAAGCGCGCUGUAGGCAUAUCUGGCACCGGUAAUGGCGACUCGUUUCUGCGGGUAUGCGCAGCCCAUACUGUAGCUUCAAUGGCACAGUGGAAAGUUGAAUCUAGCGCCAAAGCCCUCACUGGUGUCGUUGGCCCUCAAGGUAUCCUACAACAGAGCGCUGCUGAAAGAUGGGGCAAGACUGGAGAAGGCGAGGGUGGUAUGAUUGGUAUCGAGGCUGUAGAGAUCCACGAUGCCCAAGGAAGAGUCGUUGGAACCAGGUCUGAGAUAUUGAUGGACUACAACUGCGGCGGAAUGUACCGUGCCUGGAUCGAUGAUGACGGUAAACCAGUGAUGAGCAUCUGGUCCAACGAUUCAGAAGACGACCAUCACGGUACCUUACUCUAAAGAGCUCUUACUGCCAUUAUACGGAAAACGCAUAGCACAUCUAGUCAAUAGCAUUGUAAACAAGAAAAUAGUAGAUUCAUGGUCUAUGUGGUCCUUUGUAGCUCCCCUCCUCUCCGAGGCCGAGCUAGCCGAGAUGUCUUCCUUUUGUUCCGGUAGUAGUACAAAGACGCUCGCCUUUACUUUUAUACACUUGAUUGACCAAAAUAUCAAUCCUUCGUUUUGUAAUCCCCUAGAAACAAGAUUCCUCGGCCCCAUUCUAAUAAUACAGUAUAAACGCCUAUGCGAUGCCGUUGUGAGCGACGACUUCAAAAGGUCGCGCGCGAUUUCGGGUGUUAUUUCCGGUUCAUUGUCGUAACAAGAUUUUGUCGAUUAAACUUUUUCGAAGUUGUAAGAAAACAGGAAGAGGGAAGAAGUAGAGUUGAAUAGGAGCAGCAUGGUCGCUGCUGCUGAGUCGUAAGUCCAGAUGUCAACGCGCUCUUAAACAGCAGCCUCCAUGCUAGGGGGAGGUUGAGGAGCCUCGAGCUUGGUCGAACCGGCAAGCAUCUUGCUGAAGCCGAUACCGACACCCUCAAUGACAGCCAAAAGAACGGCACAGCCAAUGGCACCGUUGCGCGCAGCCUUGUAGCCACCACGGAUGGCGAGGGAGCCACCAGUGAAGAAGCCAGCGAUGAUGGCGUUCCAAGGGUCCUCCUUCUUGCGGAUGCCCUUGACGGUGCAGUCGAAUGUAGAGAAGAGACCACCCCAAACACCAAAGUUACCACCGAGAACAGGCGCUCUCAUCUUGAUGGCUGUGAUUGCGCCGAUGCGUCGCUCGCCGUAGGGGGAGUUGCGAAAGCCUUUGAUGCCGUGCCAGAUGGUACCACCGAUGGCCUAAAUUAAAGUUAGAAUAUGCUAGAGAGAUAGCGCCUUGCUACGCAAUCGAUGCUAGUCCCGCGCCACAAAGGACUCGUUGGUCGAGAUGCGCGGGCCGACAGCUAUGCGGGUAAGGAGAAGGGGCUACACAUACACCCAUACAAAAGGCACCGCCAAAGUCAUUGAGAAUAACCCAGGGGCAGGGGUCUCUUCCGUGAUCCAUUGUUGCUGUGGUGUGAAGAAGAAGAAAAAAAAGGGGGCGGUGACGAAGAGAUGCAAAUAAUGAGCCCGACGAUGGAGAAGUCGCUGGUUGAAUUCGAGAAGAAAAGUGACGAAACGGCGCGUGGAAUGGCAAGGAAGAGAAAAUGUUGCUUGGCUUUUGGCGUCCCGCAAAUUUUCCGGUCUUUGCCGCUGGUGGUACGUCCUGUUUGGG